UGAAAUAAUUAUUGAACAAAAAAAUGAGAAAAAUGUCAUUCAAGAUAUAAACCACGGCAGCUCAAACCAAUAUUAAUUGCCUACAACACAGCAAUGGCUCUGUUAAAUUUUCACAUUUUAAAAGAAGUUGUUGUCAAUGCUUCUCAACUAAAUUAUAAUUAUUUGUGUCAACCAUGUCGUGUCAUUUAUUCCAAGCAUGAAAUAAAGUUGGCUGCUGCUGUGUGGUGGUUUUAUUUUUCAAAACUUUUGGAAUUUUCCGAUACGUUAUUUUUUAUACUACGACAUAAAUGGAAACAAUUGACACCGCUGCAUAUCUAUCAUCACAGCACUAUGUUUCCGUUAUGGUGGAUUGCCAUUAAAUGGUUACCAACAGGAUCAACUUUUAUUCCAGUCCUCAUCAAUUCCUUCGUACAUGUGAUCAUGUACACGUACUAUGGACUUAGUGCGUGUGGACCUGCAGUGCAAAAGUAUUUAUGGUGGAAAAAAUACUUAACGGCCAUUCAACUGGUACAAUUUACUACUGGGCUUCUUUGGGCCCUACAGGCUAUCCUGGCCAAAUGUGAUUUUCCAUUAGCGAUUAAUUGUGCCACAAUGGUUUAUAUGAUUUCGUUCCUCAUACUUUUUGGAAAAUUCUUUAGGAGAGAAUACCAAAGACCUGAUAAAGUGAGAAAAAUUUCCUGAUAUCUUUAAUUGAA